AUGUCGUCAACCAAGGAUAUGCGACGGGCGGAUCUCGCGAUCCCCUAUGUCGACCCGCCUAAGAGCACCAGCGAGACCGAUAUGUCCAGUACUAUGUCGAGCACUAUGCCGAUGGCAGCGAUGUUCACGCGCAACAGGGUGUCGUUCGUCUUCUCCCUCCAGUCCUGGCUGUCCGAGUCGCCAGAGCAGAAGAAGAAUGCCUCCACGCCGGCUUACAUGUCGGUCAUGAUGUCCUUGAUGGCGCUGGUCGUUACUUACUUCCCCAUGUUCCUGCCUCCUCAGGCUAAGGGCGGCGUCGCUGCCCCGGCCCCCGCCUAA